AGUCCUAAAAAUCAUGCAAACACUUUUUGGAAUUUUUGUGUCCAAGUGAAACAUAGAAUACACUGCUUUACUCGUUCAAUAAAAUGAAAUAGGAGAUAUCGAAGCUGGCACUUAUAAAUUACGUUUGGAGUUGCGCACAGGUGUUUCAUCCGUCAGCUCAAAUUUUGUGCGAAAGUAUAUGCAACAAUUGAGCACUGCGAGCAUGCGUUAACUGGAAGGGAUGUUUUUCUCAUAAUUUUGUGUUACUUCAUCAUUUGAUCAGAGUAUAGUGGCUAGUGAUCUGUCAUUGUUCAUUCGCGAAAAAAUAUGAUAUUCAUGAAUUUAGCACCCUUUUUAUUGGCAGUGGAGCAAAAUAAUAAUUAAAUCAAAACGUACGCUCCAAUUGGUCCUCAUAAUUGCACGGAUUUCAACGGACCAAUGGCAAAAUAUAACGAAAGCUUUUGCUGAUAAGUAACAUAUAAGUCCGGAUACGGUUGCCUGGAUUGGGUAUCAAGUUGACCUCCCUCCCGUUGAACCGGCACUCAUUAAACCCUCUCAGUCGUGUGUGUGAAGAGCAGAUGGAGACUCCGAUGCAAUUUUUUAGUGGCGGCCCAGUCGUUGAGUGAGCACAGUGUUCGAGCUAAAUUUUUCGGAGUGGGGCGGACUGAGCUUUAGCGAAAGCUUCUGUAUAGAGGCUCCAGAACAAAAGUUUAUUUUCUUCGAGAACGAUUUCAUAACAAUAGGAGUUGAAUCAUGUUUAUCGACGAUGUUAUCUACGUUGGGUUAUUACUCAUCAGCGUCGCGUUUGGAUCGUUUUUUCGUGAAAUAAAAAAUCCUGCUACGAAGCAGUGGGUGAGCACCGCUUUGGGUCUGACUAUUGCUUUUAUUGUCUCUGGACGUCACGUGGCUCACCCUUUGAUUUGUACCUUGGUCAACGCACUCAUUCUAACGCAAUGCCCGAUGCGAAAACGGCACGUCGCAUCCUUUUUCUUCUCAUUUUUUUAUCUCCUCGUCAUUUUUCGACUGGCAAGCUGGUUCGGGCUUCCAGAUGCACCGGCUCACACGAAUCUCGUACAAAUGUUACUUACCCUCAGACUCGUUGGUCUCGGCUUCGAAAUCGACGCGGCUAAGCGGGAGCCCAAUGAAAAAUCUGAAAGUUGUAAAGCUCUACUCAAAACCGAUUUUCUCGAUGUUUUUCAUUAUGGCUUCAGCUACAUGGGACUCUUGACCGGGCCUUAUUACCGGUACCGGACCUACUGGGAUUGCAUCAACCGUCCAUUCAGCAAAUACGCAAAUAGUUGGAAAGCGACAGAGGACAAGCUAAAGUUGAUCGGAGUUUUGAUAGUUCUGCAUCUCGUCUCAGGAUACCUGUUCCCAACGAACUAUGUUCUCACCGAGGAAUUUCGAGCUCGAUCUUUCCUCUACAGAUUCUGGUACACCUAUCCGACAUUUUUCACAUUCAGAAUGCGCAUUUUCGCGGGUAUGGCGCUCUCAGAGUGCGUUUGUCAAAUGGCCGGAUUGGGAGCUUAUCCGACGAGCUGCGAAACCGUUUCGGGCAAUGGCCCUCGAAACUACGAGGCUGCUGAAGCACUGGCUGCCGACGAGGACAAUCUCAAGGCUCAAACGAUGGACUUUGAAACAAUACGAAACAUCGACGUAUUCGGUGUCGAGACUUGCUAUCAAGUGAGAAAAGCAAUGAAAAUGUGGAACACGACGGUGCAAUAUUGGAUGGCGGUUUACGUUUACAAGCAAUUUCCAAGCAAAUUACUGCGAACACCGGCGACUCUGAUACUUUCCUCACUUUGGCACGGUUACUCGAUCGGGUAUCACAUUUGUAUCGUGUCCGUAACUGGAUAUUUACCUUUCGAGGACAUUUACAUGAAGUUUUACAAUCAAAUGAAGGAGGACAGCAUGGGGCAAAGAGCAUUUUGCGCAUUUUUGUUUUUCAUCCGGCUGACGUGGAUGUCGUAUUUGGGUCUCGGUUUCCAAAUACUCACGUUCGACGACGUCUACGGAUUUUACCGGGACCUUUAUUGGGCUGGACACGUGUUCGUCGGCGUCAUGUGGAUCGUUGGAUGCUUAUUGAAGCCUUAUUUGAUCCGGAGGGAAAAGAAAACCGAGGAGAUUGUAAAAGAACGCAAAGUUCAGUGAAUCGUUGAAUUUUCACGAGCGAUUGAAACUUCUUCGUGUUUAUUAUCAUAAUUUAUGAAAAAGAGAAUCUUUUUCGUCGUUUUACAAUCUAAGAACGUACCGUUUUCAUGACUGAAUUGAACUUUUAGAAUUCAGUGCGUUCGAGCUCGAAGAUUUUUUAAUCCAGUUGCCGAGUCCAAUGUUCAAUUUGGACUCGGCAAAUUCGCCCGAAGCAUCGUUGACCUCAAGUAUGUUUCACACAUUAAUCCAGCCUGAGACUCGAACGUUAAGUGAAUCUGUUUAUAUUUUCUAGCAAUAUUUCACUCGCCACGUUUCGUGGAUAGUAGAUAUUUGGAAAUGGACGUUUCUGUACGUUCUCGUUUGUUUUUAGAGUUAUACUGUUGUUUUGUUAAAUUAAUAUUUACGAAUAUCAGUGUCUUCGAACAUGUAGAAUAUGAAAAAAAUAGAAGUGACGUUAUUUCGAAGUAAAUGGCCUUUCUGUACGAGUAUCCACAAACUGGGAAUGAUGUAACGAUUCGAUUCGAUGACUCGAAGUCUUGUAUCAAGCUCGAGCGAGACUAGAAAGAAAAAAAAACAAACACAAUAAAGUGAUAUUUUGUUAUAAA